UUAUUGAUUGUCUAGUGUCGUAACAAAUCGUAUUAACGUCGGCUUUGCACUUUUUUUUAAAUUAUGUCAGUUAGACACACGUCACAUUACUAAUUUAAAAACGAUGAAUCACAACGGAAGUGCGAAAAAGCGGAAUCAACCGGUCAAAGUUUACAUAAGGCAAAGACCCUUUAGUGAACAUGAGUUGACAAUAAAUUCCACAAAUGUUAUUCAGCAUAUGACAAACAACGAAAUUAUUAUUAAAUCAGGUCUUAACGAAAAAAGAUAUGGCUUUGACCGGGUUUUUGGUGAGGAGACUUCACAAAAAGAAAUUUAUAAUUCCGUCGUAGCACCUCUUAUCAAUUGCAUCAUUUCGGGUUAUAAUUGCACAGUUUUUGCUUAUGGUCAGACCGGGACGGGAAAAACUUACACAAUGAUCGGGAAUCAAGCAAUAAAUCCUGAAGAUUCAACAAUUGGUUUAAUACCCAGGGCCGCAGCUCAUUUAUUGGAAGAAUUGGAACAAAUCAAUUCGAAAAUUGAGUACACUGUUCGCAUUUCCUUUAUCGAGAUUUACAACGAGGAAGUGCACGAUCUUUUAAACAGUUCAUCAAUCCCGUUGAAAAUAUUUGAAGAUCCGGAUAACAAAGGAUCAGUUUGUAUCAAAGGUGUUAAAGAGGCGACUGUUCUUAAUUUGCAAGAAGUUUACGAUUGGCUUAAUAUUGGUUUGGUUGAACGACAAACAGCAUCGACCAAUAUGAAUCGUCACAGCUCUCGGUCCCAUUCAAUAUUUACAAUAUCGGUUCUAACUCGCCAAUUAACAGUAGAAGGAGAUGAAUUAAUUACGAUCGGUAAACUCUAUUUGGUUGAUUUAGCCGGUAGUGAGAAUGUAGGGCGGUCGGGUUCUACGGAACUGAGAGCACGAGAAGCCGGCAACAUAAACAAAUCACUUCUGACAUUGGGAAAAGUGAUCAAAGCCUUGGCUCAGAAAACUCAGCACGUACCGUAUCGAGACUCAAAGUUGACCAGAAUUCUGCAAGAUAGUUUGGGAGGUAAAACAAAGACGUGUAUGAUUGCGACGAUUUCGGCAGCCGCGAACGUGUGGGAAGAAACCGUAAGCACGUUGGAUUACGCUCAAGUGGCACGAAAUGUUUCCAAUUGUCCCCAAGUGAACGAAAACAGAAAACAAGCCAAUAUUCUCAAGGAUCUAAAGGACGAGAUUAGCAGACUUCGAAAAGAACUGGCUAUAGCCAGGUCGGGCGAAGGAUUCUACACAAGCCGAGAAAAUCACGAAAGAUUAUGUGCAGACGUGGAGAGAUUACAAACCGAAGUCAAUGAGGAAAAACGAAAGCUUGAACAAGUCACGAAGAAAAACAGCGAGCUGGAAUUGGCGAUUAGUGAAAAAGACGAGAAAUUACGAAAUGUUAGUCAAUAUUGCGACGAUUUGAAACGUGAGUUGAGAGAAAAAGACUUGCAAGAGAAGCGAAACAAAAGCGUGAUUGAUUAUUUUGAAACGCGCGAAAAAGAAAUGAGACAAGCGGCUGAACAGUUACGGAAAGUAUGUGAAGUUUCGACGAAACACGAAACUUUGUUCUGCCAGAAGUAUGAAAAUCAGCGCGCGAUUAGUUUGAAAAACGCCACAGCGGCCAAAAAUGCAUAUAAUUUAUUUGGUGACUCGUUGAGGGCUUUGCAGAACGCGACGGAAGAUCAUAUUCAGCGUCAGAAUGUCUCGCUGAGUGAGGUACAAGCGAAUGUCGGGUGUUUGAAGGAAAACGCCUGGAAAAUGUGCAAGCGUUUGACUGAGUAUUCGGCAAAAAUGCAAGAUGAUUCACAAGGCGAUUUUUAUAAAUUGGAUGAAAGUAAUCUUUCGCGUGAUUUUGAACAACGUUUGGAGUCCAUGUUUACGUCCCAGUUUUUUGCAAUUCAAAAGAAAGCGGUUCAAGACUUGGAACAGUAUAAUGAAGAAAAAAUGCACGAGGUGGAGACGAUGACAACGCGUUGUAUAAAUUCAAUGAAGCAGUCGCUGAACGAUUAUAUGCUUUGUGUUAACGAUAUUAUGAAAAACCAGUCGUCGUUGAUUGCAAGUGUUAAAGGCGCAACGAAUAGUGAUGAAGUGGUAUUGAAUAAAACAGUCGAGGAUUGUAAAGUCAAAGCUAUAGAAUUUGUUAGAAGUUUAGUUUCGGACGUUAACAAAAAGUUUGUGUCUCAAGAUCACGACACAAAACAAUUAAAAACUCGAUACUUUCAAGAGGUCGAAGGCAUCAAGGCUCAGUUUAAUACAGAAUCUGAUCAGAAAGUAAACAAUAUAAUUGCAAAUUUAAAACUGGCGGAAAAUAAUCAAAAUGAUUACGAAAAUGCAAUCAAAACUUUUGCUAACGAAAUUUUGGAGAAAAUAAAAAAAGAAGUAGAUGAGAAUUUGCAGUUUGUGGCUCAUGUGGGAGAUACACCAGUAAGACAGAAUUAUAAAUUCCCCAAAAAAAUGGAUGAGGUGCUACCGCGAUCAAUUCUUUUCGAACAAACUGAUGGCAGUGUUAAUUAGUUUUUUGUUGUGAUUUUAUUUAGUUUUACUUAUUCUUAUUAUAGCGUUAAAAUGAAAUUAGUUUUUAUUUUGAUUUGUUACGACACGGAAUGCUUGAAAGUUUGGCCGAUUUGUUGUGUAACUAAAGUU